CGAUCCAUCAUCUUCUAGUUCUAUAAAUCGAGCGCAAUUAAUGUCAUCUCUUAAACGUUCUAAUUCGAUAAGCUCUUUGAAGUCGGUCGCCAGUAUUGCAGCAAUGAGAGAGAUAAUCUAUGAAUCACCUCCUUGUAAAAUAUUUUGUUGGACUAAUGGCAACUGGAGACCUUUGACAACCAAAGAUAUAUGUGUAGUAGAAGUACGAAUAACAACUAUGAAUAAAGGUUGUUGGGCUAUUUUAUUAAAAAAUAGUAAUCGUAUGGUACUUAACGCUUGGAUUCAUCCUAAUACUCCGAUAGACAGAGAUUCAGAAACUACUAUCAGUAUUUCGUGUGACAUGGGAUUGAACAAAGAAUUUUACCGUGUUUCAAUGCCAACAUUUGAAGAUGCAGACCGAUUCUUUGCAAAUUUAAAUAAAGUUAAACAAUUACCUGUAGAAAAUCACAGUCACUUAUUACCACAAGGGUUAUUGAAAUCUCGUUCAUCAUCAUUACAAUCAUUAAAACAAAAUGAUGAAAAAUCCAUGACAUUAGCAAUGGAAUGCCGAUGUAGGGUAUUUUUACAAAAUGAUCAUGGAAUAUGGACAAAUCUCGGAUGGGGAAAUAUGAAAUUAGAAGUUGAAUCUCCAUCACAGCGAAAGAAAAUACUAAUAACUAGUGAGAAGCAAAAUAAGAAAUUGGUUGAUUCAUUUGUUCGAGAAGAUGGUGUAGAACGAGUUGGCAGAGCUGGUGUAGCUAUUACUUUAAACAAUGUAGAUAAAACAAAUAAUAGAAGAAUUAUUUAUAUGAUGCAAAUGAAAGAGGAAGCUACGGCUGUGAAAGCCUUUGGGAUUAUGAAACAAGGGAAUAGAUAA